AUGUGGUAUCUGUGCGUGUUUUACCACAGAUUGUUGGAUUACAGAAGGGCAGAAGUGGAGUCUUUGGCAGAAAUGUUCGGGGGUCUUUCGAGUUUGGAAUGGAGGCUUCCAGAAAAUCAGCACCCCGACUCUCCUUUUCACUUGGUCAAUCUUCCUUCAGAAGAUAUAGCUCGAAAAAUUGCCAAUCGAAGCAUACUUGUCAAAGGAAUCUAUGAACUUUGGGGAGAAGGAAGUAGCUAUGAGCAACUGGAAGAGGCUAUAAAGAGUUAUCCAGACGACCGAAAGUGGCCUUACUUGACUUGUGAUACUACCUUCAAAGUCAUUGUUGACAGCUUUGGAAAGGCGACCAGCUUCCAGGAACAAAAUGACCGUAUCAAGAGUCUUGCUUACAUUCCUUUCAAGGGUCGAGUUAAUUUGAAAAACCCAGAUCACAGCUUCUGGUUCAUGGAAACUGAUGACUAUGGAGCUCACAAUGGGCUUCCACCGGUCGUCCAAAAAAGAAUCUUUUUUGGUCGACUGGUUGGUGGUGCUGACAGGAAGCUCUUACCAACUUAUCAGUUAAAAAGUCGCACAUAUCUGGGCCCAACAGCCAUGGAUGCAGAAAUGGCUUUCUUGAUGGCCAACCAAGCACUGGUCGCACCAGGGAAACUUGUCUAUGAUCCUUUUGUUGGAACUGGCAGCAUUCUUGUUGCUGCAGCUCACUUUGGGGCAAUGACCAUGGGUGCUGACAUUGAUAUUAGGGCAGUGCGUGAUGGUCGUGGUCCUGACUGUAAUGUUUGGAGCAACUUCAAGCAGUACGGAUUACAAUUGCCAGUUGCUCUUUUAAGGGCUGAUAAUAGUCUUCCUCCUUGGCGUCCUGGAUUAAAAGAGAUUUUUGAUGCCAUUAUUUGUGACCCACCUUACGGAGUUCGUGCUGGGGGACGCAAGUCAGGUGGCCGAAAAUUGCUCAAGGGAAUUGUGGGGCCUUACACUGUUCCUGAUGACAAGAGAACUGACCACAUUCCUUCAACUGCACCGUACAGCUUAGCUGAAUGUGUGCAUGACUUACUUGAUCUCGCUGCUCGGAUGCUAGUAAUGGGUGGCAGGCUUGUAUACUUUUACCCUGUAUUGAGAGAAGAUGAUGUUGUGGACAAUCACUUUCCCGAGCACCCAUGUUUCAAAUUGAUUGCAUCUUCUGAACAGAUUCUAAGUUCACGUUACAGCCGAGUAUUACUAACCAUGGUGAAGACAGGUUCAUACACUGACAAAAUUGCUGAGGCAGCCAAGAUCAAGCAUCAGGAUUUCAAGGAGAAUUAUGUGAAGUGGUUAGAAGAUGGUAAUCUUCAUUCUUCUGUUUUCAGUCCAGCUCAUCCUCAGUUAUGUGAAGAAACUGAUUCUAAAUUAUGUAAAGAUCUGAAACCAAAGUACAGAGGAAAAUAUGUAUGA